CAGGGGGCUUUGCAGCAGCAGGACGAAUGACGGCCGAGUUAGAGGAAGUUACUGGGAGUAGCUGUGCUACUAUGUGAUCUUAAACGCGCUGGGUCCAACAUUGCAGCAGUGGAGAGGAAGGCAGCAGCAUUCAUGGAUACUGUGGACAGUAACCAUUUAAUACCCAGUGACCAGUUGGACGACUCCCUUGCAACAGCUCAACAUUUGGAAUGUGAAGCCAGUAAUGCGUUUGGGACCGGACUCGGACUGGACGAGUCACUGAAGAACAUGCUCAGUGACAAAGACCCCAUGUUUGGAUUUGCAAGCUCUCAGUUCAAUAUGCUGGACAAUGAGGACGCCACUUUUCAGAUUGCUGGCUCAACAGGUCCUGCUGAUGGUUCAGCCUCCACAGGCAUCAGCAGCGAACUGAAAGUUGCAGAGAUUACACGAGCCAAGCAACCUGUUGCCAUGCGGAAGAAACGUCCAAGUCAUAUCGAAGACGAAUGUAGCAGUGGUCCUCAACCUGACGACACAUCCACCGAAACCAUGAUCCCAGUACGAGCUGGAAAGAAGCCAGCGAACAGGCUACAGAAGACAUUUCCUAUUGAGACAGGAGUUAAAGGCUCCCAAAUGAAGAGAGACUUAACUCUGGGAGGGCGUGUUGACGUCAACAAUUUUGUUGGUGGAUUAUGGCUGAAUCCUUCUGUUGAAUUGAGACGAUUGACGGUCACAAUCGCAGGAUUCAGGAUUGAACUGCUCCCAGGACCCUCUUACACACAUUUUGAAGCGAGCCAGUCUGCGUGCCUCGACGGAGAUUGUUCGUAUGCCGUGCUGCCAGAUAUUGCUGUCGAUGUACAGAACCCCACACCUGAGAAUGGGGCGGAGGUCAUUGAGAAGAGCUCUGCUGAUGAUGCAGCCCUCGGGCCGUAUGUGAAUCCUAACGACGUGCAGACCACCAACGGGACUUUAAUGGGGAGUACCGACACGCAAGAGACACAUCUUGACAAUCAGAGUGUUCCUGCACAACAAAAGUCAGUCAGUGAAGGAAAAUAUGUGAAUAUCAAAGAGUCACAAAACAUUGAGAAUAACAGAACCACUGUUGGUAAUGAUGGUGAUGAGGAAAAACAAGAGAUUGUGGCCCAAACGCUGUUGAAGUCAAAACAAGGACUGACCUCGACCAAGGACAAGGACUUGGUUUCAGAUAAACCAAACGACACGAUUAAGGAACAUAAAAUGUCCCAAAACAUGCCAUCCAAAAUCCAAAGAGGAGACCUGCACAAAAUAAAAUCUCCAAAGGAAAAGAAAGACAUUUCAACGUUGAAAAGGCCAGCGGAAAACCCCCAAAGUGAGCAUGGCACUAAAAUGCAGAAGUCACAGGACACGGGGGAAAGUAAAGUGAAGCCCAAAUUGCCAAGUACACCGAGCUCGGUUGCGAAGAAGAGCCCUUCAUCUGGCAACCGCGUUGAUCAGCAGGGACCGACUAAACAUACUCACUCUCCCAAUAUCUCCAAAGGUGAGGCCGCUAGCCCGAUACACGCUCGUCCAGGCCCUUCUUUAAAAAUGCCAGAGGAGGAUCAGGAGAAGCCCAAACUGAAAAAGCCAGAAAAGAUCCUUCAAAGACAGAAAAGUAAACCGGCGAGAAGCAUCUCCGUGGACGAGCCACAGCUGUUCAUUCCAGACAAUGCUCCCGUUGUGAAGAAGGAAACCGCCGAGGAGCAACCUGCUAACAGCGAGUCUGUGUGGGACGGGAACAACUGCUGUGGCCUUUGUAAAAAACACCACAACAACAUGUUCAUGGUUGGUUGCGGCCGCUGUGACGACUGGUUCCAUGGCGACUGCGUUGGGCUUGACCUGACGAAAGUACGUGAAAUGGAGGAGGAGGAUCAGAUGUACGUGUGCUUGAAGUGCUGCGAGGAGGAAAGCCAAAAGGUGGAGCCAGAGACCCCAGCAGCCGCCAAGCCAGAAGUUCAAGCCAAGACAGAGGUACAGGAUCUUAAGCUGCCGCCCCAACCGGGACCCUCCGCCUCAGGGGGAGUCAGACCAGAUGCUGAUAGAAGGCAGUCCACAGAUGUCAGAGAAGCAGCUCAUAAAACAGGUGUUCAUCUGAAACUAGAUACGAAAAGUAAGGCUUCAGCUUCAAAGAAACCCGUGUCCGUGGAGGCAAUUAGGCGAAGUGUGCGUGAUUCCCUGGGAGAAAUACUUCUACAGAGGUUGAAGGAGUCUGACUUGAACGUGUCCGCAGAGAGGGCCUCUGACGUGGCCAAGAAGAUGGAGAGAGAGCUUUUUUACUUGUAUAAAGACACGGACAACAAAUACAAGAACAAGUACAGAAGCUUGAUGUUUAACCUCAAAGAUACUAAAAAUAAUGUCCUCUUUAAGAGGGUUCUCAAAGGAGAAAUCUCUCCUGGUAACCUCAUUCGAAUGAGCCCCGAGGAGCUGGCCUCGAAAGAAUUGGCUGCUUGGCGACAAAGGGAGAACAGACAUACCAUUGAGAUGAUUGAAAAAGAGCAAAGAGAGGCCAAGAGACGGCCGAUCACUAAGAUCACACACAAAGGGGAAAUUGAAAUUGAGAGCCAAGAACCAGUGAAAGAGCCUGACGCUGAAGAGCAGCUUGAGCCUCCUCUAAAAGUGACAGAAGACUCAGUGGAACCUCCAAAUACCCCCGAGAUGAAAGCGAGUGGCGACGCGGGGAAAGACACCACCGGUCAGCACAAGUCCCACUUAUUUGACCUGAACUGCAAAAUCUGCACAGGUCGUAUGGCGCCCCCUGUGGACGAGGCACCAACCAAAGUGGUCAAAGUUGCAACUACAGUGGUCAGGACGCAAUCCGCCAAAGCACAAGAGAAGAUGAGCACAGCCAGGCCGGCAAUGGAGGACGAUCUGCACCUCACCGUUUUAGAGGAGAGCUUCCGAAGCGCUCAGUCCGGCUACGAAGGAAGGUCGGAUCUUAAAGCUGGAAGAGAGGAAGAGGCCGCUUUCCUCACGAACCUGAGCUCCCUGUGGCGAGGAUUGAUUCACAUGACCUCUGUGGCCAAGUUUAUGACCAAAGCUUUCAUCGUCUCGGGCAUUUUGGAUAACUUGACCGAGGACCUUCCAGACAGCGUUCAAGUCGGCGGAAGGAUAAGUCCACAGACGGUGUGGGACUACUUGGAGAAGAUACGGGCAACUGGAACCAAAGAGGUGUGCCUAAUUCGCUUCUCCCCCGAGACGGAGGAAGAUGAGAUAUCCUAUACUCUUCUGUACGCCUACUUCAGCAGUCGUAGGCGUUUCGGGGUGGUGUCCAAUAACCUGAAACAAGUGAAGGACAUGUAUCUCAUUCCUUUGGGUGCGACUGAGAAGGUUCCACAUCAGCUCGUUCCAUUUGAUGGGCCAGGUUUAGAAAACAACCGCGCCAAUCUGCUUCUUGGACUCAUAAUUCGCCAGAGAUCGAAAAGGGAUUAUCUUCCCGUGGACAUGAACGAAACGGCCGGGAUUAUGCCCGAAAUCAUGCCCAUCGUCAUUUCCACAAAAGAAACCCGAGCUAAAGAGGAGGAGGAGAAAAAAUUCCUCUCCUCCUUGACUACUCCACACAAAAAAGAGAAAGAGAAACCCCUAAACACGACUGAAGAUAUUGAUAAGGCAGUCACAGAUUCUGUGGAAGAACCCGCUGCAUCGGAAGAGACCAACAGUCUGGAAUCCCAAAAACCGCUGCGCUUUCUUCCCGGUGUGUUAUUGGGCUGGGGUGGGGAAUUGCCCCCUCUGCCAGAUGUUGGAGGUAAACAUGCGACGAUGGCGGACGACACCCAGAAGUCCCAACCAGCUCCGAAAACCGAGGCAUCGGGUGAAACCUCUAAAAGUCCAGCGGCAGCUGUACCUCGAGAGCGCUUUGUCAUCAAGAGGAAAGAAGCUAAACCCGUUAAAGCUGAACCGGAAGUGUCCACUCCCACGUGUGCUGCCGACAACUCCUGGAGAAAGGUUGCUGCAGUGGUGACCCACGGUGCGCCCGUCUCUCUGAGAGAUAAGCCUCCAGAUGUUUCCACUGAAGUGUUCCUGGGACGACUGUCAGCAGCUCAAAUUGGGACCGAGCCGAGCGGCUCUGCUUCUGCAAACGCAGGCGACACCGGCCCGCUGUCUGGAACUGAAAAGGCGCCGUCUGAAGGGAGCGCUCCGUCGCAGGCAGCGCCAGCUCCAACUAGUAGCUCAAAACCUCCUUUAAGUGGAAUCUUGAAAAAGUCGUCGGCAUAUUCCAGUGUGAAUGUCGAUGAAACAACGGAGCUCCACAAGGGUAAAGCCAGCCAGCUCGCUCCUUCGAGUCCCAAACCGGGUCCAGUGCCGAGCAGCACGAGGAAUGAUCAGGUCACCCUGUUUCACCAGGGGUACUUACAGGUUUCUCAGGCCAAGAUCAAAGCGGAGAAAGAGAAGCCAACGACCGCUCAGUCAUCGGCGAGUGAGAAGGAGGAUCCUGGCACGUCGCCGGCCGGUGCGACAGUAACUCUGGCGGCGUGCGCUCCUCCGGUUCAAGGACCGCAAGCAGCGCGUUCCCCAGAAGCAUCGGAGCUCCCACACGACUCUGGGAUAACACCGGCGUUCCCAGCAUACGCCAGUGCUUCGUUAAUCCCGUCGCAGCCUCAGGUGCCCGCUAGCUACGAAUACCCAGCCGGCCCCCCUCCUCCCUUCUCCAGCCCGCCCACCCAGGAUCAGAACCACAGUGCGGCGUGGGCUGAGGACGGCGCCCCGCACUGUCUCCCCGGGCUUCAAUCGCCGUACGCCGAGAGCUACCCCGAACCAGCGGGCCGGCCCACUUCGCCGGCCAAAGAUUACAAGCGUCUCGAGGAGCAAUACUGUGACCCGUGGGAGAGGCCGCGGGCUACGGAGGACCGAGACCACCACGGGAGGCACGGCCACCACAGGGACGCCCAGCCGGGGAAAAAGAGCCGACACCACGACCGCGAGAAAAAGCACGAACGCAGCCACGACCGCGAGCGGAGUCGGCACCACGGACACUCGGACGACCGCUACGGCGAGAAGAGAAAAGAGAGGCACCACGGCGACGAGCACAGCAGCCGCCAUAAGGACCGGCACCGGCACCGACGGGACUCUGAUUACGAGAAUGGACGGAGAAGUUCAAAAGACAGUUAAUUGUGCUGUAUUUUGUACUCUAGGAAAUCCUUUUAGCUUGUUGGUCACUUGGCUGGUUGUGGAAUGAUUUGUUACUUCGUGCAACAAUCUGCAGCUGAUUUCCUCCACAGAAGUUCCAUUUUAUGUUGCUGUUGCAGCCAAAGUGAAAUAUCCUUUCAGUGGUUGUGAAGAUCUUUAUCGACAAGUUCUCUUCAAACCCAGAAGAACUGAAUAUUGGAACAACUUUAACAUUUUAAAUUUUUUAUUGUAAAUAUCUUUUUCAUAUUGAGCUGCUGUGCUGAGUUCAAGUGAUCAGUACAUGUUUUCAGUCGUGUAGUAACAUGCAAAACCAGUCUGCACCAUUGGUGAAAAGUUUAAAUUGGCAUGAAGGACUGAGGACCGAGAUCCGAACAGCAACUGAUUUUUUCCUCUUUUUUUUUUAAAUUGCUAAAAUAUUUUACAAACUUAUUUUUAAAAAAGUAUAUACAUUUUGGCUUGUAAUAUACAUUAGAGGUGAAGUGUGCCUUUGCACGGUGUUUAUGUACAGUUCCUAAUAAAGCUAAUCUUUUUUAU